GGAAAAGGAGAGGAAGAGAAGAGGAGGAGCCAUGGGAUCUCUCCACCUCCUCCCUCUCCCUCUCCUCGCCCUUUUACUCUUCCUCUUCGUCUCCUCCACCUCCGUAGCGCGCUCGCCAUUGGAGCAGCAAGAGAACGAUAGGGUUCUCGAGCUCCCGGGGCAAUCCACCAACGUGAGUUUCGCCCAGUACGCGGGCUACGUCACCGUCCACGAGGGCCGUGGCCGAGCCCUCUUUUACUGGUUCUUCGAGGCUAUUGAGGACCCGGAUUCGAAGCCCCUCGUUCUUUGGCUCAAUGGAGGGCCCGGGUGUUCUUCAAUUGCUUAUGGAGUGGCAGAGGAAGUUGGGCCUUUUCAUGUCAAUGCAGAUGGGAAGGGUUUACAUAUCAAUCCUUAUUCUUGGAAUCAAGUUGCAAAUAUGUUAUUUCUUGAUUCCCCUGUUGGAGUUGGUUAUUCGUACUCGAACAAUUCGCAAGAUGUGUUGAGCAAUGGGGAUGCAAGGACUGCUAGGGAUUCCUUGGAGUUCCUGAAGAAGUGGUUCGACCGAUUUCCGCAGUACAAGGGACGAGACUUUUAUUUGACUGGAGAGAGCUAUGCAGGGCAUUAUGUUCCUCAGUUGGCUCAGGCCAUCGUGAUUUAUCAAAAGCUCACAGGAGACCUUUCAAUCAACCUGAAGGGAUACAUGGUUGGAAAUGCUCUGACAGAUGAUUUCCACGAUCACUAUGGCAUUUUCCAAUUUAUGUGGGCUGCAGGAAUGAUUUCAGAUCAAACAUACAGGAAGCUGAAUUUGUUCUGUGACUUUCAAUCGUUUGUGCAUACCUCUUCUGAAUGUGAGAAGGUUCUUGAAGCUGCUAAUGAAGAACUCGGAAAUAUCGAUCCUUACAGCAUUUUCACACCUACCUGUACUGCUAGUGUCACAUUCUCAAGGAAUAAAUUGAUAAAAAGAUUGCAUUCAGUUGGAAAAAUUGGAGAGAAGUAUGAUCCAUGCACCGAGAAGCACUCAACAGUUUAUUUCAACUUACCGGAGGUUCAAAAAGCACUUCAUGUUAAUCCAGCUGUUGCGCCAUCUAAUUGGGUAACCUGCAGCGAUGUUGUUAACGAAAAUUGGAAGGACUCUCCAAGAUCCGUGCUGCAUAUCUAUCAUGAACUUGUACGCCACGGCCUUCGCAUAUGGAUGUUCAGCGGAGAUACCGAUGCGGUGAUUCCGGUAACGUCGACCCGAUAUAAUGUUGAUUCACUCAAGCUUCCGACUGUAACUCCUUGGCAUGCGUGGUAUGAUGACGAUGGUCAGGUUGGUGGAUGGACACAAGCAUACAAGGGUCUCACAUUCGUGACGGUUCGGGGAGCUGGUCACGAGGUUCCGUUGCAUCGACCUAAACAGGCUCUCGUUCUCUUCAAGUCGUUCUUGUCGGGGAGCCCGAUGCCCUCACCGUCCCAGAUCGAUGACUCCUAAAAUUUCCUUUCGAAUUCAGCAUCCCAUUGCGAACAAUAAUAUAACACGGGGAUUGCAGUUCACCCCUCAGGGCGAAUAAAUACUUGGUUCUUGUUGUUGUGUUUCCGCAGAUCGUUGAAUAACAUCUGUACUGAUUCUAACAUUGUAGGGUUUUGAGUGUAUUCCUCGUCCCACGAAGCGCGAUAACUGCGGAAAAAAAAAACCAAGUUACUGUGCAUUCAUUAUCUCGCAACUAUGCUAUGUUAGAUGUGUUUUACUGAUUUGAGCUGUUGAAUUGGAUGAACUGCGAAUUCGGAUGAUUUAUUGUGUUGUAAACAAAUUUUAGUGUUGCCAAAUUUGAAAAUGUUGAUCUCUAUUAUGAUGCCAAA